AUGCCUUCCUCCGACGAAGCGUCAGCUCACCAAAAUGAAGCCCCUACGGCAUCACCAAAGCGAAAACUCCCACCAUGGCUAGACCACUUCAACGCCCACGACAUGAAGAUCUUUCUUCGCUGCUGGAUCGCAAUAUGGGUCAUGAUGCUCCUCAUCUUCAUCCACCCCAGCCUCGUCGAAAUCGGCCAAGCGACAUUCCUCGGUGCAAUUCUCCUCUUUGCAGUUCCCCCAGCUAGUAUCUUGUUCAUCUAUCUCCUCGCUGCGUUUUCGCUGCUGUUGGGAAUGUGUCUUGCUUGGUGCUGGGGUCUUUUGACGAUGAAGGCGGCGCUUGCGACACGCUCUGAUGUUGAGACGCAGGCUAAGCUUGGGGCGCUGCAGCAGCAGGUUGGGGAGAUUGUGAAGACGACGGGACAGACGCCGGCGUGGGAGGCGCAGAUUUUGAUUCAUGAGGGGUUUAUGCUUGAUGCUAGAGUCACGGCUGUGUAUUUCAGUAUGGGCUGUUUGUUUAUCUACGUCUUGGCUCGACUGCGAUGCGCGAAUCCGAAGCUUGUCCUCAUGCAGAUAUUUGGAACGAUCGUUACCGAUAUUUUUAUCCUUUUUGGCCCGACACUGCCAUCAUUUCAAGGCGACCUCGCCGCCAUUCUCGUCAAGCCUGGGGCCAUUGGUAUCGGUCUGGGCUUGGCAUGUUGCCUGCUUCUCUUCCCCCAGUCAACAUCGUACAUGGUUCUCGGUCAGAUUGAGAAGCUAGUCCGCAUGUCCAAUUCUGCUCUAUCAGCGACCAAGAGGCGAUUUGCUGACGAGGCCAUCCCGCUUGCUGAGCUUCAAGGGAGCAGGGCUGGUAUGAUCGCUGUCUUUAAAGCCGGACAGCCAGCCCUCGCGUUUCUGCCGAUCGACUUUUCGCGUGGUCGAUGGAACGCAGAUGAUGUCAAGGGUUUGCACCAGCGAGCGCGCAAAGUCAUGUUUUCGAGUCUGUAUCUUCUGGAUUUCCAAAUUGCACAAGUUCGAGGGAAGCAGAAGGAAGAAGAACAUAUCAAAGCUCAGGAAGAUGGACGAAUCGGACCUGUGACGGAUAAAGAGAAGUACGAGAUUGGUCAACAUCAUCGACAUGAAAAUGCUACGAUUUUGAGUGCUUUCCAAAGACCAGAGGGUUCUAAGAUACGCUCUAGAACGAGGAAUACGCUUCGGAAUACGACAUCAGACUUACUGGAAAUCGGGCCGCAAGCUAUUAAUCUUGCGGCUGAUUAUAUCCAUGCUGUUAAUUCCUGUCGGUGGAUGGGAAAGCCUUCGCCUGUGCAGUGGGAGGAGCUGAACGGAAGGCUUCACGAUACUUUAGCAAGGUCACGGCAAGCAAGAGAGGCAUGCGUCAUCAACACAACAAAGGGCGUUCUCGAGGCCCACGCAGAAUUGUUCGACGAAAAUGGCCGCCUAAAACCAGUGGAGGGGUCCGAUCGACCAUUCCUGCCAAGCAUGGUGAUUGCUAUGGUCAUCGAGGAACGAAUUUUGAACAUGGCUAUUGCAACAGAGAAGCUACUAGAGUACAUACUCCACCUCUCAGAAGUGCGAACCAGCCAUCGCAUUUGGGUUCCUUCACGGCUACAAUAUGCUUUAGCUUGGAUAUUCCACGGACAAAUAACCUUUCCAGGUUAUGAUAUCUCAACAGAGGAAGAUCCUGACCAAAUGAUGGAUGGCGAAAGUUUCGAUGAACAAACAAAGGAAACCAAGCGAAGACUAGAUAUCAGCCGCGGAUACAAAGGCUCUUCUGCGCAGAGAAGCAAGAUUGGUCGAGUUUUCAUCGCGACGUACAAUUGGCUCGUCAAUCCGUCGGGUAUGUAUGCCCUAAGAAUGGUUGUUGUUACCAUUGCUACGUCAAUACCUGCUGUGCUUCCUAGUACAGCUGGUUUCUUCUACCGAGAGAAGGGUAUCUGGGCUGUUAUUAGUGCUCAGACUGUUCUACUUGUGUAUCUGGCCGACUUUACAUUUUCGCUCAUCGCGCGUACGAUUGGAACCAUUGUUGGAGGCGUCAUAGGCAUGGUGGCUUGGUAUAUCGGCGCUGGAAGUGGUGUUGGCAAUCCAUACGGCAUGGCAGCUUCAACGGGCGUUAUGAUCAUUCCCAUGCUAUGGUGGCGUCUCUAUCUUCCCCCAUCAUUCGCAUUUGCUACAAUCAUGGGUGGAGCUACCUUCUGCCUCGUCCUCGGCUUCAGCUGGGAUCAUGACCAUAUCGUCCAGUACGGUCUUCCGGGUAAAGGCUACGAAGCAUUCUGGAAGCGAGUCGUCACAGUUCUAAUCGGUUUCGUCGCUGCGUUUGUCGUGCAAUUAUUCCCAAGUCCACCAUCUGGGACAACGCACGUCUGCAAGAUUCUUGCAAACUCAGUGCGAAGUCUCUCAGAUCACUACGCCCUUCUGAUUUCUCACUGGGGUCGGACGGAUAGAAAUCAAGGGCUGGGUGCAGUAGCGGAGCAUAUCUCGAUUGAAGUUGCAGAGAUAUUACUCUCCGUGAGUCCGUCCAUCGCGUUACUGAAAGGCGAAUUGAGCUUUGGGCCCUUUGAUCAAAAGGUUCUUGCACAGACGAAGGAACAGCUGCAGUACAUGAACCAAGCACUCGGCGGUCUUCUCAACCUCGCAUCUACCCUACCAAAAGAGAUGCAGGACCGUCUUAUUCGCGUUGCCAACAUCCUGGAUGAGCGAUCUAUUGGAGAUGUCAUGGCGGUUCUUGGAAUCAUUGAGCAAGCUCUACGGACAGGCUCGCCUCUACCCGAACGAUUACCCGCACCACUUGUCCGACGCGCCAUCGAUUCAUUCUACACUUCAAAAAACGAAGUCCUUUUAACAACAACCUUAAUCGCAGAUGAAGACCACCGAAGAUACUGCGUCGCCGUAACGCUAUAUCUCAAAUUUCUAGGGAGCAUCGAUGAUUUGCUCAUUGUCCUCAAGACAGCGCUAGGAGAGAGGCACAUUAUUUAUCAGUGGGACGAUGUCAAGGAUAUCGCGUGA